CAUUUAGCCACACCCGGCUUGAGCUAACGUUACAACAUCCUUUCACCUCAGUGUAAACGGAAGUAAACAGUGACCAAGAACAUUUCCACGUUACAGUUAUUUGUUAUUUAUACUUUUUUUUGACACUAUGGAACUCUAAAUAUGACUUGUUUAACUGCACGCCAUCACAUACUUAACCCGUGUAGUCUUUAUUUCGCGUUAGAGACAGGACUUGGUUACAGGACUUGAUAGAUGUUAUCUAGGUAACGCUAGCUAGCUGCUAAGGGUUAACUAGCAAUGGCUAACGGUAUGGUUUUUCACACUCAGAUAGCCUCCAUCAUGGAGGUACUAGCGAAUGCAGCCGUGUCAGAGAUCUGUAAGCUUGUAGACGACGACUAUGCAGUGUGUCGUUUGGAAAUAACUCAAAGCCAGAAAGAAAACAGGACAUUACGGAGGAAACUACAGCUAAUGGAACUGAAGGUGUCACGGGAGCGCGCAGAGAGGACAAUGCGAGAGCGCGUCCACGCCAGUCCCAGAAGUGUCAAGAUCGUCGACCGGUACAGAGGAAUGGCAAGAGGUGAAGGACAUCCCACUGGAGGCCACAGGAGCUUUGUGAAGCCAGCAGAACACAAUACAUGGAGAGAUGACCAAACAAUGACUGUUGAUGAGGAGAGUGGAACCUCAACCCAGCACGUUAUUGUGAUAGAGUCUACAGAGGCUGUAGGUCCUGGGGUCAAGCAGGAGAGGUCUGAAGGAGAGGAGGACCCACGGCACAGCAGAGACAUCCAGACUAGAGCGGCUGGAGCAUCCCCUGAAGCAAUGGAGGACCCCGCCGCCGCGCCCCAGCCCAGGACCCAACGAAGCAUCACGGAGGAGGAGGAGGGCCAAGAGGUGCAGCUGAUAAAGGAGGAGGGGUGUGAGGAGGGUCUGGGGAACCCUGAGAGGACCAUGUUCAUGGAGGACAACCAGACUACACCUCCUCCUGAACCCACAGAGGAACCAGUUGAACAGCACAGGACCACACACAGUCUCACUGAGUCAGUAGACAUGGAGGAUGGGAAGCCUGAUCUGCUGCUGGUCAAAGAGGAGACAAUAGAAGAUGAACCAGAGAGCAUUGAUCUGCUGAGUGGACUAAAGAUGGGGGAGCAAGGUGGUUGGUUGGAGGAUAACAGAGGAGACUGGGCGGCUAUCUUGGAUUCUCAGACUGGUGCAGCCAAGGGCCCAGGGGACGACAUCACAGAGCAGGCCAGGACCAGAAGCGACAUAGCGGAGUCAGUAGACAUGGAGGAUGGGAAGCCUGAUCUGCUGCUGGUAAAAGCAAAGACAAUAGAAGACGGACCAGAGAGCAUUGAUCUGCAGAGUGGACAAAAAAUGGGGGAGCAAAGUGGUUGGCUGGAGGAUAACAGAGGAGACUGGGCGGCCAUCUUUGAUUCCCAGACGUGUGCAGCCAAUGGCCAAGCGGAGGUCAUUGGAUGGGACAGUGUCCUCAUCUCUGGGCUAGGGAACAACACUGUUAACCACAACCAGAAACAGACAGCCGAAAGCAGGGCGAGGUGUAGAUUUGGUCUGCAGGGUCGGGGAGGUGUCCGUAUGCGGCUGGAGAGAACAGACAAAGACUCGGCUAGCGAUGCUCCGUCCUGCUCCUAUAGUUGUGAUUCAGAGAGACUGAUGGCGCCUCAGGUUAACCCCCUAACAGAUGCUGCCUUCAGCCUGCCUUCUAUAGGAUCUAUCAACUGGAACAUGGACCCUGCGACAACACAGACACUCCCUGGCCUUCGUCCUCCUCACACUCUCCUAAUGUUAAACCAGACCUCGGACAAUGCCAGUGCCUCAACACUAAAUGGCUACACAAGCCCGAUGACUAAUGACAGUAGUAGUAAUGCUAUCAGUAGAUACGGUGGCAAAGAGAAGCACUUCCCGUGUUCAUUCUGUGGGAAAGCCUUCAGUUUCCCCAAACAGGUGGAGAUCCACAAGAGGAUACACACAGGAGAGAAACCAUUCAGCUGCCACCUUUGCCAGGCCAGUUUUUCACACUCAUCCAGUCUGAAGAGGCACCAGAGGAUGCACACAGGGGAGAAACCAUUCAGCUGCCACCUGUGCCGGGCCAGUUUUUCCCACUCAUUCAACCUGAAGAGGCACCAAAAGGUCCACACAGGGGAGAAACCAUACAGCUGUACCCAGUGUGAGAAGAGGUUCUCCCGCCAGCAGCGGCUGAAGAUGCACCUGAAGGUCCACACAGGAGAGAGUGCGUUUGCCUGUACGCAGUGCGGGAAGAGGUUCUCAGAGAGGAGCUGCCUCAGGAUACACCAGCAGAAAAUGCACACGGCCCAUGUAUAGAGUAUAGUGACAUCAUAAUCUAACUGAGCAGCAGCAGUUAGGGAGAGCUCCUCGUAAAAUGUUAUUAUUUUUGUUAAAUGAUUUUGUAUUUAGUGAACAGUUUGGUUGUUUCAAUGCAGUGCUGUGUUCUCCACCUCGGGCCUCCCGGGUGGCGCAGUGGUCUAGGGCACUGCAUCGCAGCCGGCCGCAACCGGGAGGUCCGUGGGGCGACGCACAAUUGGCAUAGCGUCGUCCGGGUAAGGGAGGGUUUGGCCGGUAGGGAUAUCCUUGUCUCAGUAUGUAAAUUUUUUUAUAAAAUGUAUGCACUCUACUGUAAGUCGCUCUGGAUAAGAGCGUCUGCUAAAAUGACUAAAAUGUAGUAAAUGUUUUUCCUUUGAGAAGAUUGUUUGAUUUUGAGAGAGAUUUUUGAGAGAAUGAUCAACCUGGCUCUAAAGACUAGCAAGUCUACUAAGUCAUCUUGAUCAUCUGGCAAGAGGCAACAAGGGCAGGAUUGAGGGCCUAGGGCAUCAGGACAAGAGAAGGAGGAGAAAUAGAGGAUAAAACAAACAGAAAAAAGGAAUUGAUUUGGAGGAUUUCUAAAGGAAAGACGGUACAAGACAUUGGAAAGUCAACCAACAAACAAAAACACACAGGAGAGGUAGGAUUGUUCUGCACAAUGUAAUUGGUGUGUACAGUGUUAAUUACACUAAAUAGUGCAUUAUUUAAAACUGUUACAUGCAUCAGUGGAUGCUGGUGAGAGGAGCUAUAGGAGGACCGACUCAUUGUAAU